GUUUAAAUAAAAAACCGUUAUCUUUUUCAGUUAUUCACUGAAGAUUUCAAGUUACUCUUUGUGCACUCCGGAGUCAUUUGACCAACACUGACCUUGAUAUGUAUCACAUUGUUGAAUUUAAUACAACAAAGGAAGUAGAGGUUGUACCAGACAACUGGGUAAAUAAUGAUAUAUGCAGAUGGCCAAAAUUUUAAAAUAGGGGAAGAAUGAGGGCUGCUGUAAUUUCCAAAGAAGUACCAACUGUAGACUGGGAUACAUUUGCUGUCCGUGUAUAUACAAGUGAGUCUUUCCAAGCUGCUAGAAGCAAGCUGCCAAGAGCAGAAAUUGUGUCAGAUCUACAGACAGCAGAAGAAGAUAAUGUACCUGCUGUAAAAAAAAGAAUCAGAAGGAUAAAUAGAAGAUUUCUCGAAUCUGACAGUGAAAGUGAAGGUGAAAAGAAAGCUUAUAAACCUCCUGCCAAAAGAGCCAGGCCUCACUUUGCAGAGGCACCACAGGUGACUCCACCAGACAUGAAUAGGCCUGUCACUUCAGUUUUAAUACCUUCAGUCAUUCACCAGCAAACCGUUCAGGAACAACCAAGCCCAGUAUGUGCAGUAAUCGGGAGGGAAAUUUUAACUGUAUUAGAGAUUCUGCGACAACAACAAAAUGAAAUGCUAGGCCUACUUAGGUCCAUCACAAUUGCAUUAGGAAAAAAUCAUCCAAAACAAAUUGAGGAAUUUACUGCUCCACUUGCAAACGAAUCCCAGUUCAGACAAUUUGACAUUAACCUCAAGGCAGACUCUGAUCUUCAGAAGAGACUAAUUGAGUGUUUUGGUUUUUCUGGAGGUAUGACUGUGAAGGAAACUGUUUGGAGAAUUAUGCAAAAACAAAUGACCUGGCAAAAAAAAUAAACUGGACAGGAGCAAAUGAAAAAAAUCCAUUUAAAUCGACCAAACUGAAAGAUAUAAUCUUGGCUGCUGUCAGGAGAAACAGUUUCACUGCAAACGCAACGGAUGGGGAAAUAGAAAAACACAUAAAAAGGUGGCUUCAGCUUUCUGGGGACAGGGAAGGAGGAAGAAAGGACAGAGAAAAGAGACAUGAAAGGAAUAGUCAAGUUACUGAAUGAAGUUUCACUACAAAAAGACAAGGGUUUAACAAGAAAUUAAUUGGGUUUAUCUAGCUUAAAUAAAAAAAUGUCAAUGAAAAAAUAUGAAAACUAUUUAAAUUGCAUUAACUCAUUAAGUAUCCAUAUAUUAUUUUUUAAAAUUGUAUUAUAUAUUUUUUUGUUUCAAGUGAAAGGUUUUAAUUAAUUUAACGUGUAAUUUAUGGAAUACAAUUAUAUGACAGUGUGUUUU